UCGGUCGUUUAUGAUUAGUUUUAGUUUAAGUUAUUCGUUCUAAAACAUAACACGUGAGCGAGAGACUGACUGAGAACGGCAACGGCAACGGCGGCGUACAAAGAGGGUUGGCGGCAAAUUUAAACAAAUUAAAAAAAAAGUUAUUAAUUUUUCCCUAAAUUCAAAUUAUUUUGUCUGUUCUGUGUUUCUUCUUUUAUUAUUAAAAAAUUUUGUAUCUAUAUGAUUUGUUUACAUUAUUAUUGUGUUAUGUGUUGUUUUCAUGUCACAUAUAAAAAUAUUCUGUGAUAUUGUUUAAACAAAAAAUAAAAAUCACAACAAACAAUCAAGUCGCAAUAAUUCUAUACUCUACACCUACCUAAAUACCUUAUAUUGUGCAGCAGCAGAAAAGUACAAAUUUAAAUUAUUUAAGUAAUAACAAAACACCAUAACGGUAAACAAAACAAACCAAGUGCCAGUGCAUAUUCCUAGAAUCGGAGAAUUAAAAAAUCAUCUUCUUCUUCGAAGUGAAAAACUAACAUAAUAAUUCAAAUAAAGUCAUUCGCCAGGGGCGCUGCGGAUAUUGCCCCCAAAGUCAAACAAUUCCAAGGGAAUACAAAUCCUGUCAUCUCAGCAAAAUCACUAAAAAUGGUUAACAAAUCGUACACAGCUAACGAUCUGGAGGCAUUUAUGAAGAUCGCCGCCAAUUGGCAAAACGGCAAUCACAUAUUCGAUGGUCCUGAUGUUAAAUGUGAUAUGCAACAGUAUAUAAAUAAUCCCGCCCUAAAUAUGUACAAGAAACGGGAACGUACCCAAAACUGGAAUCACCAGGAAAAGAAGUUCUUGCUUGAUUUAUGUCGCAAGGAUAUGCGAAUCAUUGAAAACAAAAGACUAGACGCUGGUCUAACUGCAGUUAAAAAUAAAGCUUGGAAAAUAAUCCAUCAAAAAUUCUCAAAUGCCUUUGGUCCAGACAGGACAUGCAAUAGAUUAAAGGAACAAUGGCGACGCAUGAAAGCUUGUACUCGUAAUGAAAUUAUGGACUACAACAACAGAAUGACUCGGUUUGGUCAAGAAGUUGCAGACCGCAAGAAACCAUCAAGUUUCACAUUUGAAAUUUGGGAGUUUAUGCAGGAAUCGAAGAAAGCGUGCAAAAGUGAGACUCUCGACGGAGUUGACUAUUCCAAAAUGCCACUCGCCUUAGAAGAGGAUUUUGAAUACAAAAAUGAAAACGAAAACGACAACGAUGAAAACGAUGUCGAUAAUGACAUGGAAGAUAGUCGGACCCCACCACAAGAACAUUGCGAUGUUGACAUCAAAGAAGAGGAGCCCAAUGAAAACUAUAACGACAGCCACCAUAAUGGGGAUCGCCUCUCAGCGUCAUCACCCAAUGAUCAAGACGAAUCAAUACCCGACCAGAGUAUGCGAAGUCCUCAAAUGCCACACCAGAACCUGGAUAACGGUUAUUCGCACGAUCAAAUGAAUUUCACGCCACAAUUCAACAUGAACAAUAUCUCAGCAACUCUCGAGGCGUUAAAUGCCCUCCGUGCCGGACAAUUCCCCCCUCCACCGUCUGUAGCAGCUUCAUUUCCCACCUCAGAUGGGCCACCGCCAACAAAGCGCCAGCGUACCUCAUCCGAAAGCGACAGCAAUACCUCGCCUGAACUCAAAGUCUUCAUGGACAUGCAAAGUAAAGAGCACUUUAUGCGCAUGAAGAUCCUCGAAGUGCAACUCCAAUCGGCCAAAUAUUCCCGUGACAUAGUCGAGAUCAAUAAAACAAUAGCUUUGCAAAAACUCCAAGAAUACGCCAGCAAGCGAUUGAGCUAAGGACACAGAAUAAGAAGAUGAACAAUCCCCAACCACAUCCCUUGUCGAUUUUAUGUUGUCCUUCUUGUAAAAAUUGAAUCUUAAGUUUUGUUUUCAUGUUUAUUUUUUGUAGAGUUUAAGCUUUGCAACCACAUUCCUAUUCAAUUGCAGUAUUUUUAUGUAUUAUUACUUUUGUUGAAUGGACAAGGUUUUGAAUAUCUUGUCCGUUCGUUGUGUACUUUGUUUUGUUUUCAUAUUAAUUUAGCACGUUAUCGCGUCGUCUAUUCAGUGAAUCAAAUCGUAUUUGAAGAUUCCUACCUCAGAACAUUUAUCAAUUACAGUUUUAUUAGAGAAUAGGAAAGUUUUUCUUUGUAUAGUUUUAAUUUUGUAUACACGCUAAAGAGUGUAUGACAUACAAAUUUUAUUAUUAU